AUGUCUGCCGUGAGAUCGCUGGUUCACAGGGCGUCCCUGUCGCGAGGACUGCUCGCCUCCACGCCCGUUUGCUUGCCUGCCACAUACACCUCCCACUUCCGACGGCGGUUCCAUAGCUCCCCCGUCCCCUGGGGCAUCAGGUCGCAGAUUCUCAAGGAUGUCGGCGAGGGUAUCACCGAGGUCCAGGUUAUACAGUGGUACGUCGAGGAGGGAGCCCGGAUCGAGGAGUGGAAGCCUCUAUGCCAGUACCAGUCAGACAAGGCCAUUGACGAUAUAACGUCGCGGUACGAGGGUGUCAUCAAGAAACUGCACUUCCAGCCAGACGACACGGUACCCACAGGUGCUGCGCUAUGUGAGAUUGAGGUCGACGACGCCAAGUAUCCCGAUUCCGCCGCGCCAGCUCCAGCUCCGGAAGCGGCAGCUCCAGAGACCACCGCUGAAGAAGUCGCGGCAGAGUCCUCAGCGGCAGACGUUACGCAGGCAGCAGAGACGGUAGAAGCUCCACCAAAGGGCAAAUACGCUACUUUCGCUACUCCCGCAGUCCGAGGAAUGCUCAAGCAGCACAACAUUGAUAUCUCGCUCAUCAAUGGCACCGGCGCCCAUGGCCGCGUUCUCAAGGAAGACGUCCAGAGGUACCUGGAGGGAGGCCAGACCCCCACCCCUGCCGCAGCUUCGUCAGCCACUGGUACAACCACAGCUACAGCUCCAGGCCUCAACGCCCCACAGGUUGAGACCAACCAGGCCUUAACCCCCAUCCAGUCCCAGAUGUUCAAGACCAUGACCAAGUCCCUCACCAUCCCCCACUUCCUCUACUCAGACGAACUCAACAUUGCUGCUCUAUCCCGCAUCCGCUCCCAGCUCAACGCAGCCGCCCCCAAAGAUGGCUCCCAGCCUAAACUCUCUUACCUCCCCUUCGUCAUCAAGGCUGUCUCCCUGGCACUUAACCACUUCCCAAUCCUCAAUGCACGAGUAGACACCACUUCAAACCCUGCCAAGCCAUCCCUCGUCAUGCGUGCAGGCCAUAACAUUGGUGUAGCAAUGGAUACCCCCACGGGCCUACUAGUGCCCAACAUCAAGAACGUCCAGGCCCGCUCUAUCCUCGACAUCGCAGCUGAGCUUAUCCGCCUCAGCGAGGUUGCCAGAGCAGGCAAACUUACACCCGCAGACCUGUCUGGCGGUACCAUCACGGUCUCCAACAUCGGCACCAUUGGUGGAACUGUCGUUGCUCCCGUCCUUGUACCUUCCGAGGUUGCAAUUCUCGGAAUCGGCAAGAUUAGAAGGGUGCCUGUCUUCGACGCCGAAGGCAACGUUGCUGCUGGCCAGAUGAUGAACUUCAGCUGGAGUGCAGACCACAGAGUUAUCGAUGGCGCUACCAUGGCUAGAAUGGCCGCAUUGGUCGGUCGUAUGGUCGAGAACCCAGAUGCGAUGAUGCUUAACAUGCGAUAA